AUGGAACUUGCUGAUGGGACACGUAGAAAUAAUGUGGCUCUGAAACGUGGAGAUGCUGAAGGAUCAAUAGCUGAUGAAAAUGGAAAAUAUGUGAAAGCUGUUCUGAAAGACGUACUGUUCAUACCAACGUAUCCACAGAAUAUAUUUUCUGUUAGAGCAGCUACUUCAAAUGGAGCCAAAGUAAAGUUCUCACAAGAUAAAAAUGAACUUGUCUACAAAGAUGGUACAACUUUCAUUAUUGAGGAACAUGAACGCUUGUAUUGUUUGAACACUGUUAAUCAACUAAAUGAUGAUAGCAAUAUAAGUAGUUCAUAUGAUAAGGUCAGUCUUGCAUGCAAUAUUUACAAGUGGCAUGAAAUAUUAGGGCAUUGCAAUUUCGAUGAUAUAAUGAAACUAGAAAAUGUAGUCCCUGGAAUGAAAGUUGUAGGGAAGGUAGAUAGGUCCAAGUUAGAAUGUGGUACAUGUACAGAAGGGAAGUUUGCAAAUUGUAGAAAUAGAGCACCAGAUAGUCGAGCUACAAAACCCCUAGAAAUGGUACAUACAGACUUAGCAGGUCCCAUUAGCCCAGUGUCCAAAAAUGGUUUUAAAUAUUGCAUUGCAUUCACUGAUGAUUUUUCUGGAGCCAUUUUUGUAUAUUUCCUUAGAAAUAAGACUGACACCCUAUUAGCAACUGAGAAGUUUCUUGCCGAUUGUGCACCUUAUGGCCAGGUAAAGUGCUUAAGGUCAGAUAAUGACACAGAAUUUAUGAAUGGUGAUUUCCAAGAUCUUCUUAGGAAAAGAGCCAUUAAGCAUGAAACUUCUUGUCCAAAUUCUCCCCACCAGAACGGAACAGCGGAAAGGUACUUGCGGACACUAUUUGUAAUGGCUCGGUUUUUGUUGUUGGGGAGUGGUGUGCCUAAGAUGUUGUGGCCAUAUGCCGUCCAAACUGCCGAUCAUAUUAGAAAUAGGUGUUACAACAACAGGACUAAGAGUACCCCUAUUUUAGCAUGACAGGAAGAAAACCAGACCUGUCAAAGAUGUGGGUGUUUGGCUCAGAGUGUUACAUUUAUAACUAUGAUUAUAAGAAACUAGACCCUAGGUGUGUGAAAGGAGUAUUUGUCGGUUAUGAUAAGAACAGCCCAGCCCACUUUGUUUAUCACCCACAGUGUGGUAAAGUCAUGAAACACAGAUUAGUAAAGUUUAUUAAGAAUACCAGUGCAGAACAAUGCACACAGACUGAAAUUGAUGAUCUAGGCCUUUGUAGAAAGGAGGAAAAUGGAAUUUCCCCAAAUGAUGUUCAGGGACAGGAAAAAGAUUUUCCCGAACCUGAAGAAAUUGUUGAAAACUUAGAUUUAGGCGAAGGGCCACAGUUAGGUGUUGAAGAUAGUAAAGAGGUUGAAGAUGAUCAUGAGGCUAAGGUUUAG